AUGAGUGAACAGGACUCCACUACACUUAACACUGAAACUACUAAGACGAAACAAACCACGACUGAAAGUAAUCUACCAACUCCUGAACUAACCGAUAAGAAUUUACACUUAUUGAAGAGAACUAGUCAGGAUAAUAUUAAGAAUUUGGAAGAAGACGAAGAAAGUGCUUUGAGUAAUUUGGAUUUUAACAAUCAAGAAGAUACUGAAUUGAAUAAUUUGAAUCUUUCAGAAUAUUGCAUUUCUAGUGACGCUGACACAGAGAAAAUGGGGUCUGAUAUUCUUCAAGAGACUGAUGAAUUACGUCCAAAGUUGAUUCAAUUGGUAAUGAAAAAUGAUGAAAUUGUGAAUGAUGAACAACAAAGUGAAGCAAUUGAGAAUGCUACAACACUCCCAAUUGAAAGUAAUAAUGAUAUAACCGUGUCGUCGGAGAGGAAACAUGACAUUGAUGAAGUAGAUGAUACUGUUGAGUCUUCCAAGAGAGUGAAGUUAGAUGAUGAAAACUUGGCACCACCAAUAAUAAACACAAACUCCGAACCUAAUAAUAAAGUAGAAGAAGUAGAAGAAGAAGUUGCUGCAGAUGAAGAUGACGAUAAUGAAGUCGGAGAUGAAGAGGAUGAAGCUGAUGAUGAAGAGGAUGAGAAUGAAGAUGAGACCAAAUUUGCUCUCCCGGAAGUACAAAAUGAUAAAGAGAUACCGCCUUAUUCAGAUGAGGGAACCCUUGUUCGAUCAACGGCUGAUACCAUUCCGGAUCAGUAUGAUACAUCAGUGAAAACGGAAACUGCACCUUUAGUAGAGGAACCUAAAUUGGAGAAGAAUGUAACGGAGGAAGAGGGAAACGAGGCUGAAGAAGAAGAAGAGGACGAAGAUGAAGAGGAAAGAAUUGAAGAAGAUGAACAAUCCACAGCUAUUAUUGAUAUGGAGAAGCAACGUCUUGAUGCGUUGAAAGAAAUAACGGACAUUGAACAUAAAUUUGCAGAAUUAAGACAGAAAUUGUAUGAAAAUAAAAUGGUACGCUUAGAGACUGAAUUACAAAUGUGUCUGGAGGGAUCCCAUCCUGAAUUACAAGGUUAUUAUCAAGCCAUUGCCUCGAUUCGUGAUUAUAAACUUCGUAGAGCAUACCAAAAGCAAAAAUAUGAAUUACAAUGUAUUGAUAAGGAAACACAUGCGACAAGGACGUUUAUUCAUCAAGAUUUUUAUAGGAAAGUUAAUGAUGAAAGGAAUAAAUUAUUAACAGAGACCACACAAACGUGGUAUGAUAUUAACAAGGAAAGAAGAGAAUUAGAUAUAAGUGUACCUAACCAUGGUUAUCAUGUGCCCAUUAAGCUUGCGGAUCAAACUUUAAGUUGUAUAACAGGGUAUGCUGGACCUGCUCAAUUGAAACUUGAAGGGGAAUCAGUGUCUGAAAAUCUUCAAUGUGAAAAUAUUAAUUUCAAAUAUAGGAGUAACCCUGUGGAUAAAUUAGAAGUUAUUGUGGAUAGAAUGAGGUUGAAUAAUGAAUUAAGUGAUUUACAAGGUUUAAAGAAAUACUUCAAUGCGUUCCCUGGUGCUCCGACUUUAAAUGGAUUAAAGGAAUCUGAAAUAAAUGAUGAUUUUAAUCAAAUUUCCAGAUAA